ACCGCCCCGUCGUCCUGUUGCCCCGGUGGUCGGCACUCCAUAAACCGCCCUCCUCACCCGCCCUACCGGGACCACCGGAAGUUAGUGACCGAGCGCCCCCCCCCCUCCCCCCCACCACCAGUAGCGGCGGGGUUCGACCGAGCUUGCGAGCGCAGCCAUGCCGAGCAGUGACGUUCAUCUGGCGGACUGCCGCCUAGUCUCCCGCGGGUCACGGAGGAGCACUCCCCGAACUAAUCCACAGGUCCUCGCCGGCUUCUGGCACUGAAGAAGGGUGGGAGAAGAACAAGAAGCACCAGCGGUGAGAGGAUGAUGGUGAUGAUGAUGGUGGUGGUUGUAGCGAGAGAACAUAGGGGCUCCUGGUAGCUCUUCAUGACCGGGGUGAAGAAACUGGAAUACCGGACCGAGUUGUGCUGGGAAAAAAGACAAUAAAAGAAAGCCGUGCGGCCAUUUACGACAAAGAAGGCUUUGCGGCACAGGGGAUGUCGUCCGCAGGGUGACUCUAGCAGGCUUCCAGAGAGAUGGAAGAUAUUGAAAAAGACAUUGUCCAGUUGUGUCAUGGCGCCCCACCUUCACCCACCCCCACACCUCUGACUCUGCUAAUCAUCCUUCUUGUGUUCUGUGUGUGCAGGGUUUGAUGGAGAUCAGGUCGAAUGUCAGCGGGAACAAUCGUGAUAGCAGGAGGAAUUCUUGCCGGAGUGAUACUGCUGUGCAUCAUAGCAGUCCUCUGUUACUGUCGACUCCAGUAUUACUGCUGUAAGAAGAAUGACUCCGAGGCGGACGCGAGCUCGGCGCCUCAGCCCGACCCGCUCUCUCACUUCCCGUGCAACACGUGCAACGCGCUGGCCAACGACGGCGCCGCCAUCACACCCGUCUCCCUGGAUCAGUUGGACGCGGUGGCGUCCACCUCCCACCACAGCAACGCCUGCCGCGCCUGCUCGCCGUACACGCGCCGAGCCGCACUCCCUUCCCCGGAAAUGCUCAACGGAGGCGAGCGUCUGGGCUUCCAUACCUACUAUGAGAACCCGGCCGUGUCUUUGCCCCAGGGCUCCACCCCCACUUUGAGCUACUACAGUGGCGCUAACGUGUUCCCGCCACCGCCACGGCCCUACAGCACCCAGGUGUAACAUCUGACCUGGAGGAGGCGGACUCAGGUGAUUCUUCCUGACCAUGUAAGGAUGCGUAUUUGGACUCCACAGCGUGGGGGGGCUUCCUGGUGGAAGCUCAAGUACUGCCAAGCUGAAGAUUAGCCAAAUAAAUCCUCAUCCAAAUGACAAAACAUACACAAAGUUAGGCUAACCCACUACAAUUCUCGUUAAAGGGUGUCUUCCUUCGGGACAUUUCCUGUUUGUGUCACAUCUUCCAGAAGUAAUGGAUGCUAAAAACACACACACACACACACACAAAGUGGACAUCUGCCCCUGCGAUGCCCCGCAUGGACCUUUUUAAAAUGAUUUCGCUAUUUCGUCACUCGUUUAGCCAUCUAAAGUCCUAGGUACUAUAUCUACAUAUGGUAACUCACUAGAAUGUAGUAGAACCAUGUGACUUAUCCUAGCCAAUCAGCAAAGAACAGUAAUAAUAAUAGUCAUGAAAAAGCGCUAUGAAACAUACAGUAUAUUGAAAAAAUGCAGUUUAUAACUGACAUAUAUUGGAAUGAUUCAGUUUUAUGUUUUGCUUAAUAAUAAUAUUAAUGUAAAUAAUUUCCCUAUGAAGAGAAAAUAUUGUUUUAAUUGCAAUUAUAAUUGUAAUUAAUUUAUUCAUUAUUCAAAUAGUAGCUUUUUUAUCCAUUUUCAUAGGUAGACAAUAUUAUGCCAGGUUUUAGCAUGUUAAUGUUAGCAUGCUACCAUGAGCAUACUAGUAUUUAUUGCAAUUUUUACAUGUAUGGACUUUAGUGCUAGAUGUUAGCUUGCUCACGUUAGCAUGUUAGCAUUUCUAGCACGCUAACAUUAGCAUAUUUGCAUUUUUAACAUGCUAACAUGAGCAUACUAGCAUUUAUUGCAAUUUUUAUGGAUAUGAACUUAGACACUUAGCGCUAUCAUGCUCUGUGUUAGCAUGCUAACAUUUUUAGACUAACAUUUUUAUAAUUUUAAGAGGUCAGCACUUAUACACUUAUACACAGCAUGUUAAAUUAUAUUUGACACAUUUUGAUUGUUCUUCAAAUUUUUUCUUCAUUAUUAUUUAUUUAAGUGUUUUAAAAUUCUUUAAUUUUAAUUGUUUUUUUUUUUCAAAAUUCAUUGUUGAAAAUUGUUCUAAAUAAGGAAGUAAUGGACACAAAAACAUAAGUGAAUAUUUUCACAAUACCACAAGAAUCCCUUAUAGCCAAGCAAAUGUUUACUAAAUUUACCAGAUGAUUUACUAAAUCUUUCAAUGUAAUAUUUAUAUUGUUCACCAAAUAUUACUUACUAUAAAAAAACAUUAGUACUAUUUCAAAUUCUUUUGAUUUAGCUUUCAAACUAUAAUGAUCGGAUGGAGGUCCUACAGUACUUGGUCCUCUGAGACCACCUCUCAUGAUACCUGCAGUUUUGAGUUGAAGGGGAGGGGCGGCAGUUUCUGUUUCACCCCCAACCCCGUUGUUUACGCACACACACAGACACACAAAGAGGCUAACUGAACAUGAGGGCUAACAGUUUUCCUAUGAGUCGUCUUGUUGGAGGAAACCAGAAGACGACAAAACUUUCCAAGGGAGUUCCCUUCCUUUUCAAAAUAACAACAAAAAAAAACAAGCACGUGCUGUCGGUUUUGGUUCCAGAGUCUUCCUUCUGUCCUUCCAUGGAAUGACGACUUCUUGCUGCUUCUUUCAUUCAUCCAAUGACUUGCUAUGAUAGUUUAGUGUCAUGCCACACGUACAGUACCGUAUAUGCCUGUCUGUUCGAUAUCUUGUGACAGCUUUGGUGACAGUUCUACUGUGUGAAGCACACAGUGAGGCCAAGAUUAGGUACACCCGCGCCGUCUAAUGAAGUCCAACUGGAGAGAUGUCACCAAAAAUCAUGUCUUUUCAAAAAUGUAUAACAAUUAUCUUUUUUUAAUGAUGUACAGUAAAAUAUGAUUUUAUGGUUAUAGAAUCACACUGCAUCAUACUGGGAGCUGGUGGCAAGGUUUUUUAACAUCAUAAUAUAAAUAUGGUAUCACAUAAUUAUUGUAUUUUAUUAGAAUAUAAUAAUAGCAAUAAUAUAGCUCCUCUUGACUAAUAGUUUGUAGAUUUUUUUUUACAUACUUAUAAUUUUUAAUAAUUAUUUAUAAUUUAGAUUUAAUCUUCAUGUUUUUCUUAACAUCCUGUUCUGGAAUGUUCCGGAAUUGUCGAAAAUGGGAUAUGUUAGAGCUAGUUACAUUUUGGGGGUGAUCCGGAUCACCAAAUGGAUACAGGACUUAUUGAAAUUCUUCAACAAUUCUAGAUAGAACCAUUUUCAGCAUUUGCGCAUACAACUCCACAAAAAAAUGGUCAGAGCACUUGUUCAGGACAUUUAGCUUUCCCGGUACAUUGCGCUAUCUUGCUCAGUGUUAGCAUGCUAGCGUUAGCAUGUUAGCAUUGCUAGCAUUAGCAUACUAGCAUGUUUUGUCAUUUUCAUUGGUAGGCGUAUAAAGUAUAAACACUUACCAUUAUCAUUUUAGGUGUUAGCAUGCUCAUGUUAGCAUUUCUACCAUCCUAACAUUAGCAUAGUAGCAUUUUUAUAGAUAGGAUCAGGAGGGAGUACAUCAGAGGGACAUUACAUGUUAGUGUUAGCAUACUAGCAUGUUUUGCUAUUUCCAUUGGUAGACGUAUAGAGUAGGUGUUAGCAUGCUCAUGUUAGCAUUUUUACCCUGCUAAUAUUAGCUGCGUAGCAUUUUUAUCCAUUUUCUUGAGUAGACACUAUUUGGUUCUUGCAUGUUAAUGUUAGCAUGCUAACAUGUGCAUACUAGCAUUUAUUGCAAUUUUUACAAACAUGGGCUUAAGUAGACACUUGGCGCUAUCAUGCUAUGUGUUAGUAUAAUACAUUUUUAUUAUUUUCAGAGGUAGGCACUUAUACACUUAUUAUGCUCGGGUCAUGGUCAAGGAAUCGAAUACAGUAUGUAGAUCAAAUAUUUAUGGUGUAAAUGACAGUAUGGGGGGAACUAUGGCGUUUGGCGGAGGUUUGCGCUCUCCAAGUGCUCUUCUCGUUCUUUUUGUAGUGAUCCUUACAAAGGAUUUAAAUUUUGGGUCUCAAGAGGUUAAUUGGAUAUUUGUUAAACUGUUGUUUCCAACUUUUUUCUUUUUUUUAAUUGUUUUUGAGGUUUUUUGGUACAGCGCUUGUAUUGGACGUCAUUAGAUUGUGCAGAUGUACCAAUCUUUGUGGUCUGAAAGUGUUUAGAUAUUUAUCACAAAGUAUAUUCAGACACAACGUUGUUUCCACUGAGGUUUGUCUUAAAUUUGUUGUCAUGUGGUGUGUUAAAUGAGCGACCUUUCUUUGUUUUGGUUCCUUUAACUCAGGGGUGUCCAAAGUACGGCCCAGGGCCAUUUUUGGCAGGCGGCUUUUUUAAAUUACAUUUUUAUUUAUUAACAUAUAAAUAAAUUGACAUUAAUUGAUUUAAUAAAAAAAUAUAGUAAGAAUAUAAUCAGCACAAGAAGAAAAUAUACAAGAUUAAAUAGUCAGAAAAAACAGUAGUGAUUAAAAACAGCUGUAAUUUUACAAGAGCAAAGUCAAAAUAUUAAGAAAAAAAGUUGAAUUCUAAAGCGUAAAAAGCAAACACAGCAAUGAAUAAAGUUAAAUAAAGUAAUUGUUGGAAAAUUAGCUGAUUAUAAAAAUGAAUUGAAAAUACAGUGGGAAUAAAGAAAUCUAGUAGAAAAUAUGCAGGUUAGUAUAAUAAAUACACGGUCAGGCAGAAUCAUCUGACACAUUUGUAGGUUAAAUAAAAAGCGAGUAAAGUAAAGAAACAAAAAAGUGUUUUUAUUUUUGAAAAAUACAUAUAAUGCCAUUCUGUUUCAUUAUGUUGUAAAAAUGAAAUCAGUUCUGGCGGUGCGAGGUCGGCCGGUUCAUUUUCGUUGCCUUUUAUUUAACCUACAGAUAUGUUAGAUCAUUAUGCCUGACCCCAUAGUUGGAGGGGGGGGGCAGAAGUGGAAAAAACAACUGUAAUAAGAAUAAGGUCAAAAUAUCGAGAGAAUAACCCCAUGUCAUCGGUCAAAAUCUCGAAGUGGCCCUUGAAAAGUUUGGGCACCCCUGGUUUAACUAGACCAGGGAUGGGCAUUUUACGUAUGUAAAGAAACAAGUUGAGUCUUUGUCAUCAGCGCCCCUGCUGGUUGCAGCCAAGCAUUGCGCUUCGUAUGAAUCCACGAAUGGCCGACGCCCAUCCCCGGUGUAGACAUGCAGUGGACGUACGCUAGAUGUUCACAUAGCGUCACAUGCCCGGUAGUAUCCUGUGUAGUCCGUUCAAGUAUGUUGUGAUUUCAGUUUGACUUUCUGUUAGAGCAGAACCUCCAAAGUCCGACACGCCAAAACUGGAACCAAAAGUAGGCCUCAAAGGUAUCUAAACGUUUAGCAUACAAAGACUAAAUCAUGCAAAGCAUUGUUUUCCACUUUGGAGGUUCUGCUCUAUUUAAAUGAAUUUACACUCCUUUCUCUUGUUAUCAUUGUUGUAUUGUUCAAUUUUAUUGAAUUAUUUCAUUUGAGUGAUUUUGGGAGGGAUUUUUUUUUCUAGUAAUCAUUUUUUACCUUGGUUUUGCCCCACAAUUGAAUUUUUUUUUCUAAAUAGGAAUAAAUGUUCUAUUGCCUGGAAAGUUUCCAUACUUGCUAUCACUCUGACAAAAAAUAAAUAUACGUACUGUAUAUAUGAUAUCUAUUAGGGAUGCUCCGGUUAGGGUUUAAUGCUGCCGAUACCGAUCAUCCAAGACUGAAAUGGGCCGAUACUGAUCACAUGGAUUAGUCAGACAUUCUUUGAUUUAUUUAUAAUGCUAAUAAUAUAAUGCUAACAAUGCUAUCAUUAAUAGCGCUAUUGGCCAGGGGUGCGGUUUAAAGAUGAAAAGUCGGUCAUCGCUGCAGGCUGAAGGUGCUAGCAUAGGGUAAAGGCUUUUGUGAUCGGCGUUUAUUGGCAUAUGAUACUAAUCGGUGGCCGAUCGAUCGGAGCACCCCAAUAAGAAAAAAGUCGAAUAAUGAGCUUUCACUUGUAUAGAAAAAUAUCUCAAAUAAAAUCCAUUUUAUUUAUGACAUUCAGUUUUAGCCUUCUUUUCCUUUCACUUUCAUGAGGUCAAUAAAUUGGGUCACAA